AUGAGUGUUGUUCCAUAUGCAUAUGAAUGUUAUAAGUCUAGCGUACUUCAAUAUAAAGAAUAUACUCUCAGAAUUACUGAUAAUGCUUUAGUCAUACAUAAAGAAGGUGCUGAUGAAGACAUUACCAUCGGUCCUGGUAUAUUACCUAUCGAGCAACCAGAUGGUACAAUUGUUGAAACAGACUUAAAUCAAUACCUUCAAGCGUUACAGAAUCGUGUGACAAAAGUAGAGAAUAAUUACUUAGAUGCUCCAUUCUUCACAACUGAUAGAGAUUAUAUGUUUUCAUGUAUGGCGAGUAAUGGUUUGCAAGAAACUCGUGAGGUAAAUAUUAAUGAAGCAUUAGAGACUAUAAUAUAUCAUGUUAAACGGUUAUUAUCGAUUGACCAUGGAGUUCAUUUUGACCCAAGGUCUACACUGUUCAAUAUACCAAUGAUUGAAAACAGUCAAUUAACAUUUAAAGAAGAUACAUUGUAUAAUGCUUUAAACGCAGCAUUUGCUUAUAUAUUAGGUCAUGAACAAGUACAAAAUAGUGGUAUUGCAAUAUACUUAGAUAAAGUUAUGUUAAAGAAACCAUUGACAUUCACAGAAGAUGGUCCAAAAGCAACUGGUAUUGUUGGUGAUGGAACAUUAUUGACGAAAGAAUACUUAG